GUGGCAGCACAACCUUAUCGCACUGCUUCAGGGAGUUCGUCAGCUGUGAUAACAAUAGACUACAUGGUUACUCCAUCACUGUAAUACAUAACACAUACACGCAGUUCAGGACUAGUCAGAGAUGUACCAAUUAAUAGGAGCAAGUUAGGGUUUUAGUCAAGAUAUUAUUUGGACUGACGAAAUGAAAAAGGAAUUGUACAAACUACUCCACGGCUUCCUGGCUCUUGCUCUUAUACUUUUUCCUCACGGCUCAGAGUGUCUGCAGCUGUUAAGAGUCAAGGUCCCUCCAUACAGGUUGAAGGGAGAAACAGCUGUUCUAGAGUGCCAGUACCAGCUGGACGGCCUGGAGAAGCUCUACUCUGUCAAGUGGUACCGCGAGAACGAGGAGUUUUACAGAUACGUCCCCAAGUACAAUCCUCAGCAAAUCUCGUAUAAAGUGGAGGGUAUCAACGUUAAUCACAAAGAGUCGAAUGACACGACUUUGACCCUCAACAAGGUGAACCUAAAGACGUCAGCCAACUACAGGUGUGAAGUGUCUGCAGAAGCACCUUCCUUCGCCUCAGUGCAGGGCUCAGGUCAUCUAGAGGUCGUCUACCUCCCCAGUAACGGACCUCACAUCUCUGGCGAGAGGUCUCACUAUAUGAUAGGUGAUGAGAUAGACCUCAACUGCACAUCGGGCAAGUCCUACCCAGCCUCAGACCUUUACUGGCUCAUCAACGACAAAGAGGUGACUAACCAUGAGUUUCUGUACCAACACCCCCGGGUUGUCCAUCCACACGGGCUAGUCACGACAUCCCUGGGUCUUCGCCUCCCCGCUGCACCACCGUUGUUUCUCCAUGGCAGUAUGAAGGUGCGCUGCGUGGCGAGUGUCUCACCCGUACUGUGGAAAGGGGACCGCGAGAGUGUAGUGGAGACCCCUCUAGUCACCAACAGAGAGGCUAUGCUGCUAGUGAGAAACACAGCUGCUGGUGACGUCAUCAGUCCCACAAUCCUGAGUGUUCUUCUUCUGCUCACAAGGGUGACGUGAUUUUCUCUCCAAGAAAAUGGUCGUUCGCUGAAAGUGUAUCUUUUGUAAAUAGUUGAAAUAUUUGUUCGUUUUAUUCUGUAAUGUAUUGGAAAUAAUUUGCAACUAAAUGGACAUGAUAUUUUUACUAACAUAGUUUAUUAAGUCAACUCUUAUGAUACGAAUGUAUACAAUGUCAAUGUUGUCAAAAGGGUUAAUUGUUAGGAUAUUUAUUUUAUUUUAUAAAAGUACAUGUAAAAUAGAAAAUUAAACAAACAUGUAUAACAGUAUAUUUAACGAUUAAUUGUUGUUAUUAUGUCUUUGAGUGAUAGGUUAACUUAGAAAGUAUAUUAUUUGCUUGUUAUGCCAUUCCUUAUA